AUGUCUGAGGUACAGUCCAGACCAGCCGCUCCGCGCGGCAGAGGCUCUGGCCGCGGCGGUAGAGGUGGUUUUGCAUCCCGGGGAAGCGGCCGCUCCGGUGCUCGGCCCGCCACGAACGGCGACUCCAAACACGACACAGAAUCUUCGUCUCUGCCCACCCUCGAAGACGAGGGAGAGAUUGGCCGGCUGAAGAAGCUCUACGGCAGCAAGGUCGCUGGCAUCAAAGAAUUGUUUCCCGAUUGGUCUGAGGUCGACAUCCUAUUUGCUCUGCAGGAGACCGACGGCGACGAGAACUUGGCGAGCACUCGCAUCCUUGAAGGAUCCAUCUCACAGUGGGGCGAAGUCUCGAAGCCCAAGAAAGACCGUUCACGUCCCAAGAAUAAGUCAGACGCAACAACCGCGAAUGAUGCUGCCUCGGCGAAUGCCUCCAGACAUGGCCGCGGUGGUCGCCCUGUUGACAGCGGUCGUGGUCGCGGUCGCGGCGGCGCCCGUGGCAAGCCGUCCCACGCGACCACGAAUGGCGCUCGCAAUAAGGAGAGCCAGCCGCUCUCUGUCCCAACCGAGGAGUCCUCAGAAUGGAAUGCAAAGCCGGCCGAAGAGCCUGCUGCUUCGCGCGAAUCGACAGCAGCCGAGAAUGCCACCCCUUCGACUACUACCCCCGCCACACCAACUCCUGCUUCCAAACCUGCCGUCGAGCCUGUGAAGACUUGGGCCAGUAUGCUGAGACAAGCGACUGCUCCGAAGCCCGCGCCUAAGCCUAAAGAACCCCCGGUUAAGCCGCCUGCGCCGGAACCCGUCGUUGAGCCUUUGCCCCCGGCUGAGCCAGCCGCACCCGCUGAGGAAGAAAAGGCCUCUGCUGCCGAAGAGGAGCCUGCUGCCCCCGAACCGGCCCCGGAGCCGGUCGAGGAGGAGACGAAAGAGCCAGCGAAGGAGCCGGCUAAGGAACCUGCUCCUGCACCGGCCGUUGAGCCCAUUGUUCCCGCUGUUCCUAUUAUUCCUGCCGUCCCGGCCAUUCUGACUCCUGCUGUUCCCGAAGUGGCUCUGCCGCCCUCGAAGGAUCAGCUCACCGAGAAGAACCUCGAUAAGAUUGCCGAUGACUCUCAUCCCCCUCCGACCGAGACUGCCGCCAGCGAAGCAGCUGACUCCUGGGAUCCCAAUGCCCAGGCCCCCAGCGCAACGGCUACCCCAAUCUCGGCCUCUCAACAGCAGCAUCAGGCUGCUCGCUCGACUGCUCCCGCCAAGCCAGCCGGCCGGACCGGCUCUCAUGCUCGGCGUAUGCUUGAUCAGCUCGAGGCAGUCCGCAUGCCUGCUAUCCGCGAUGCCGUUGACCGCGCUGCAGUUCAGUUUGGUGCCUUCAGCCUCAAUGGCCCUGUCGACGAUGAUAUCGAUGGCGAUCGCGAAGAGCCUGAGACUCGUCCUCAGCCUCCUCAGGAUUCUCCUGUGUCCCAGCCUCGGGCUUCUCUCCCCCCGGCGCAAACGACUUCCGUCUCCGAAUCCUUCCCCGCUCAGAAGCCUACUGCACCUGCUACUUCUACUCCUGCCGCUGCCCCGGCAGCUCCUGUUCCCUCCACCGCUCCGCAGGCCCCCGCACAACCGCCUGCGGUCCAGAACAAUCAACAAUUCGGUCGCUUUGGUCAGCCGACUUCUCAGGAGUCUACGUUCCCUGCAGCCAAGCCGUUCGAGCCGUUUGGUCAACAACAACAGCAGCAGCAGCCCGUCUCGUCAGGUCCCCAGACUCACUUCGAAGGUGGCUUCCAAGGCCAAGGACAAGCGGCUCAGCCUCAGGCUCAACAACAGCCCGUUGGGCCUUUCAGCUCUGCUCCCGCGGACUUCUCCUCAUACUACACAGCUGACCACCAGAACCGGUACAACUACUAUAAUCAAGCCUUCUCGCAGCAGGGCAUGCAAGGCCAGGAUGCUCUGUCCUCGCAAGCUCAGCGUUCGUUCGGCGGCUACACCGCCCCUCAGGCCGACAACCUCAGCCAGUAUCCUCAGAGCGGGACCCAGCAGCCGUCGCGCUUUGGCGCCGGUGCAGGCACCGACGCGCAAAUUGGUGGCGCCGCCAAUCCUGUCGCGGCCAGUAGCCAGGCUCAGGCUGCACCCACUGCUCAGGCCCAGUCGCAUGCUCAGCAACAGCCCCAUGACUACCCUUACAGCCAUCCUUAUUACACGAACCCUUACUACUCGGCCUACAUGAACUACCAGGGUGGUUACAACCAGUAUGGCCCCUAUGGAAAGGGUGGCCUGGGCUACCAGCCCAGCCAGUACGGCAUCUCUCCUCAGGGUCCUCAUGCUUACUCUUCUCCUGCCGGGGCUUUCGGUCAGUCCGGCCUCCAUCGUGACGCUGGUUUGGGUGACUACGGCCGUGCCGGUUCUCAGACGGGCCAGCAAGGCCUCGGCACUGGCUUUGGCGUUCAUGACACCUAUGGCCGUAGCGGCGCAGGCUAUCAGUCCCAAGGCACUCAGUCAUUCAAUGCCCCCGGCUCUCAGCCCGCCGCUACGACCUCUGUUACUGACGAUUUGAAGCCCUUUGGUGAGUCUAAGACUGCUAGCGGCCCUAGCCCCUCCAUGGGCGCUGCUGCUCGUCCUGGCUCUGCAGCGAAUAAUGGUCCGUCGCAGACUGGUCUCCCUCCGCCUCAGUCUGCUCAGCAGACCGCUCUUGGUGGUAUGGGUGGCUAUGGUGGUUAUCCGGGACAUCUGCAGCAGGGUCAUGGUCUGCAUGGGGCCCAGACCGGUGCCGGCGCUUUUGGCAUGGGUGCUAGCAGUGCUCAAGGUCAUCAGAACAGCUAUGGCGCCUACGGUGGCCAAGGCUUCGCAGGGAGCUACUAUGGGAACCCUCCUCGCGGCUGGGGUAACAAUUACCAUUAA